AUGCAAAAAAGUCAAUCAAAUAAUCAAAAGUUUCCAGAAGCCCUCCUACUGGGAGGGGUCGGACUUCAAGGAACGGCGGUCGGAACUGGCUCUCCCCGGGUGUCGUCAUCAGACAGCCAACGAGAUGGACAAUGUGUGAAUGGAGAAGGAUCUGGAAAUGCGGAUAAUGAUGAUAAGUACGGGAAAUUUCAAUUUUUACAAGAAAACGAAGAAAAAGAAAUUGAAGAAACUUGA